UCACACCUCCCCUCCCAGCUCCCCUCCUUCCAGAUCGCUCUGCCCUCCCCUCCCCGCCGGCCGCUGGCCUCCUAUUGGCCGCGGUGAAAUCAUUUAAUCCCAGCCGGCGUGCGCCGUAUGGCUGCUGUGCGCCUAGCUCCGAGCGUCUGAUGCCGCACAUCAUCCAGCGAACUAAAGCCAGAGCUCUACUCCCAGCAAACUCGGGACUUCGCCUGUGAUGACCGGUGACUACUCUUUUAUGUCUCGCUGACUCCGGAGGGGUCACAAAGUUGUACCUGGCAUCUCCUCACAGCUGCCGGAGAAGUGUCGCUCAUCGACUCGCGGGACAAGUCGGAGUAAAGUGCGGAGCGCGGAGCGGCUGAGGGGCAAGGUGAGGGGAGCAAGCGAGGGACCUGUUGUGCUCAGCACCGUCACAAAGUUUUUUUCUUCUUUUUUUACCUCCCCUCCAUCCCCACCCCACUCAGACCUGAUGCUCUUGUGUCCCCAAGUUUCCCAAGCAGUGUUUGGAGUAUAACAACCUCCAUCCAGAAGUCAGGAGCCCAGGAGCCGCCUUGUGUAUAGAGAGGGGGGCCCCCCCAAAACCAGCAGUGUGAAUGUACAGCAUGAUGAUGGAGACGGACUUACACUCCCCCGGGGUGCAGCCCCCCACUAACACGGGCCAAGCCGGGGGCAACAAGGCCAGUCAGGACCGGGUGAAGAGGCCCAUGAACGCCUUCAUGGUAUGGUCCAGGGGCCAAAGGAGGAAGAUGGCCCAGGAGAACCCCAAGAUGCACAACUCAGAGAUCAGUAAGAGACUGGGGGCUGAGUGGAAAGUCAUGUCCGAGGCCGAGAAGAGGCCCUUUAUAGACGAGGCCAAGAGACUGCGAGCACUGCACAUGAAGGAGCACCCGGAUUACAAGUACCGGCCCCGGAGGAAGACCAAGACUUUACUCAAGAAGGACAAGUACUCCCUGGCCGGGGGGUUGCUGCACGCCGGGGGAGGACACAUGGGAGUCGGCCUUAGCCCUGGAGGAGGCGGCGGAGGCUCCGCGGGAGGCGGAGGAGGCGUGGUGGUGCAGCGCCUGGAGAGCCCGGGCUCAGGGGGAUCCGCGGGGGCCGGAGGAUACGCUCACAUGAACGGCUGGGCGAACGGGGCGUACCCGGGCUCGGUGGCGGCAGCGGCGGCUGCUAUGAUGCAGGAGGCUCAGCUCGCUUACAGCCAGCAGCAGCAGCACCCCGGCAGCGGAGGGCACCAUCCUCACCACCACCCCCAUCACCCUCACCAUCACCCCCAUCAUCACCCCCACCAUAACCCCCCUCCGCACCCUCCACCGCAGCCCAUGCACCGCUACGACAUGAGUGCCCUACAGUACAGCCCCCUGUCCGGUCAGAGCUACAUGAGCGCUUCUCCCUCCAGUUACGGUGCCCUCGGCUACGCCUCCAGCCAGCAGCAGCAUCAUCAUCAGGGCUCCCCGUCCUCGGCGGCUGUGGCUGCGGCUGCCGCGGCCGCUGCAGCCGCUGCAUCUUCUGGGGCCCUCGGGGCUCUAGGGUCCCUGGUGAAAUCUGAGCCCAGUGUGAGUCCACCUGUGAGCGGGGGAGGAUCCCACAGCCGGCCGCCUUGCCCCGGGGAUUUGAGGGAGAUGAUCAGUAUGUACUUACCUAGUGGGGGGGAGGCUGGAGACCCGGCGGCCGCUGCGGCAGCGGCUGCAGCAGCCGCGGCUGCAGCCACCAGCAGACUGCACAGCUUGCCCCAGCACUACCAGGGAGGUGGCACGGGGGUAAACGGCACGGUGCCACUCACUCAUAUCUGAGGAGUCCAGGACAAAGACUGCUAGAGACUAGAAAUAAACUGACACCUCCAACCCCUGCUCUGCUCCAGAACUCUCACUUAUUUUCUUUUGUACAGAAAUGUUUUGAUGUUCUUGUAUAAAAAUAUAUCAAACUGAAAAAAAAUAAUCAAAAAACAAACAAGCAAACAAAAAAAAAAAAAACAGGAAAGUUAAGGUAACCUAUUGUUUGGAUCUUUUUAGGAGUUGAGCUAAUGCUCUUGCCAAAACCAAUUUUAGCUGGGUGUAAAUUGGGUCUCCGUGUACAGUAUUUAUGAGUUGUAUAGGAUGAGGUAUAGAUUUUAUUUGCUAUCACACUUCUUUUAUUUAGAUUUUUUUUUUUACUUAAAAAAAAAAGAAACUUUCCAAAUUUCCCUGAUCCCUAAUCAAUUCUACACACAGAUUUCUGUACAUGUAUGUUGUUUAUUUAUGAACAAAAAAUAUCCGAAGCUAGAAUAUAUUUUGUUUUUUUAUUUUUGUAAGAGUUUAUGUAUUUGUUUUUUUUUCUCCUGUUUUUGGUUUUAUAUUAUUUCAUGUACAUUCCUGGCGAUUUUUUUUUUAUUCUAGGCGUUGCGGAUUCCUAUUGUGUAUAUAGUUUAUUAAGCGUCCUCUCUGCUUUAAAAAAAUAAUAAAAAAAUAAUAACAGAUUCAUCAAGAAGGAUGAGCUGAAUUUUAAGCUAAAUAAAUUUUCAAGUGAAAAAGAAAAUAGAUAUAUGUUUUUUUGUUAUUACAGAAAUGUAUUAUAAGUGUCUAAUGGGUGGAAAGUUUAAAAAGUUGGGAUUGAUAACAAAAAAGGUAUUUGCCAAUUGCCAUAUACAGGUAGCAGAUCUCUUAACCCUUUAACUGUUUCUUUUUUUUUUUUUAU